UUAUCCCAGUCCUCGUCCUUGGGCACUGUCCCUACUUCUGACAGAGAAGAAGAUUCCUUCUCAACUAGCUCUAACGAGAAAACCUUGAUUGAACAGAACUGCCAUCAUGGGUGUUCUUCGUUUGCCUCGCCCGACGGGCAUCUAUGUCCCCAACUCUCCCACCCGCAGCCUCACUACGGAUAUGAUCUCCUCGCCUCUGUCUCCAGGCUUCAACUUCGAUUGCGAAACGGUCACGCCUUCCAUCAUCCCUGCUCUGGACUACAUCUCCUCCAAGCUCCAGCAGAAAAUGAUGCACGUCACACUACUCGUCGGCCGGGGAAAGCCCUACCCCACAGGGCAACCGUCCGACCUCAUGGUCAUCCCCAUGGCACAACUCGACCCUCAGUGCUGGCGCACGGUAUGCCGCAUCGUCGCCAAGGGAGCCAAGAAAUUCUCCCUAGGCCAGAGCUGGACCGAUGCCCUGGCACGCAGCCAGUAUGAGCGCCAGGCCAACGAAUACCUGAUCCAGCAAUCCAUCCUGCAGAACGAAGUCGUCUUUAGCCGUGAGGGCCUGACUCUCCUCAACGUCGACCGCAUCUACACCUUCAAGCGCCGCCUCUGCAUCCUGUCGAACUGCGACAACGGCACCGAAGAGCCCUACGUCUCCUCCUGCGUGCAUCUCCUCCACCGCACCAUCCGCGACUUCCAGGGCCGCCCCUUCAGCAAGGCGUUUUUCCACCGCGUGUACGAACAGCUCGAUGUCCGCGAUGAUCUCCUGACGCGUGUGGCAAACGCCUACAAGAAAGAAUACAACCAGGAGGGCAUCGUCCUGCCGCCGCGGCCCAAGCCCGAGUACUCACGGAAAUCGCCCAUUCGCCCCGUCCGUCCACGCAGACAGCCUACGCCGCCGACCUGCAGACCGGCCUCGGCGAAGAAGGGACCCAAGACGCCUCUCUCGGCCUCUGAUGUUACACCAAUCACGAGAAGCGAGUGGAACAUGUUUGUCGGCUCCGGUAUCCGUCAGAUCAACCCGACCGUGACCAAGUGGACGCCAUCGCCAACUGUGCUCGCUGCCGCAUGAGCAUUCAGGACAGAAAUCCAGUUGACUAUCUCCAACGCAUGACUCCAGAGCUAGCCUGCAGAUUCAGGCACCGACAGCUCGGGAUAUCAUCCACAAAGGAUCUCAUCGAUCCGCAUUUUGCCGGCCGGCAGAGAGCUCAUCAGCUCGGCGAACCGGCCAAGCAGGCAUGAAUGAUCUAUAGCCUUUCUGCGGCUAAUAGAGUAUCAUCAUGCACUAUCUGGAGCGGAAGGAAACUCCACCCACAAACACGUUGACAUGCCAAUGGCGGAAUCAAAUCAUUCUGCAACAGGCCGAGAAUUGCCUGAGUGUCACUGUUAUGAAGCUGGCCUGACUCAGAGAUCGAGUCAGACGUGUAUAUCUAUGUCUUAUGUUAAGACCCCAAUACUGUAUAUAAAAGUGAAUCAUAAAAUGAUGAGACGACUUCCCUUCUAUUGAUACUAUCACCAAGAGUAAGCGACCG